UGACCAUUAAGUCUGCUGAGAUGAUCAACUUUCCUGAGCCUCUCCGCUACACAUCCUUCCCAGGAAACCAUGUUCCAGCCAAUGGACAAUACCAAUCUGGUCAGAACCUUACUGGUCAACAAGGAAUGGCCAGUAACCACAUGGUUGGAACUGACCAGUAUGGAAUGGCCAGUAACCACAUGGUUGGAACUGACCAGUAUGGAAUGGCCAGUAACCACAUGGUUGGAACUGACCAGUAUGGAAAGGCCAGUAACCACAUGGUUGGAACUGACCAGUAUGGAAAGGCCAGUAACCACAUGGUUGGAACUGACCAGUACAGAGAAUCCAACACUUACAUAACCCCUAAAAGAACCCACACCUAUGUGAAUGAACUCCAGCAGCAAGGAAACAUGACCCCAAUGUAAAAUAUGGAAGGGUGUCUUACUGUUUAAAAUCUGAUAUAGGAACUAAAGCAUGCAUUUAUAAAUGGACAUAAAAUACAAAUAUCCAAUAUCAUUUACAUUUUCUUUAUUUAAUGAAUCAUAUCCAACUCGCUCUCUGUAGACAGGCACACUUCAUCACAAAACAUGGAUUUUCCUCUCCUACAAAAACUCUCUUCUUAUCUACUGGCACUGGUGGGUUAAAUACAGAUCAAAGAUAUAAGUUACCGGGCAAGACCUACUAGAUUGUCAAGAUUAAAACAGCCCUAACAAGGUUACAUUCCUACACUAAAGAUGUUGCUUCCUCUAGUUUCAACACCCAUUUAACACUGGUUGUGAUACUUUACAAGGUUUACAAUGUAUAUGUUAUACAAUAAUUGUGAAUUUUAAAAACACAUUUCAGUAAAAAACACAAAGAAAGGUGUUAGAGCAAUUCAUUAUCUACCAUCUUCAGAAAGAAAAAAAAAUGGUAUAAAACAAGAUGUCCAGAGGGCCUGCACCACCCACCAAGAUAUUUCAGAAAUCAUGGCAAAAUACUCUCAUUUUAUAUUACAAAAAAAUGUCUUGAGCUGCCUUUCCUAAUAACAGUUCAAACGGCAGGUGGACCAAAUCCUGUAAUUCUUAAAAAGAAGAACAAUUUUAAUGGGUUUUGUUUUGUAUAUUUCCCCAAUUGGCCCCCUCUCUCAAGCCCUAAGGGAAUCACACCUUUCCAUUUAUUCAUUAUAUAUCCUUUGCCCAAUAAUACUCAAGACAAAAUUUCAUCAAAAUCCAUUCAGUAAAUUCAGGACUAGUAGCAUUUUGAAGAAUUCACCUCAAGGUCCCCUAUGGGGCCAAGCCCCUCCCACCCAAAAGGAGCAACACCCUCCAUUUAUACAACAUUAGAUCUCCUUUGCUCAAUAAUCCAUUUUGUCGUUCAGGACUGGUAGAGAUUGAAAGGAAACAUUGACAAAUGAUGGCCGGAAGAACGACAGACACAUGCUGCGCAACAGGUCAGCUAAAAAUAAAAAAAGGGCCAUAACUCUUUAUAAAACAGGAGACCUCAAUACAGGUCAGCUAAAAUUAAAAAAGGGCCAUAACUCUUUAUAGAGCAGGAGACCUCAAUAUCAGAACAGAUAAUUGUACUUAUACAAGACCUUAUGGAAAGCCAACACGACAUGCAAAAUGCCUUAUUUUAAAGAAUUAGUCGGAAAUUCCUA